AUGCAGCUCUCCGCUUGUAUCGCUGCGAUACUCGCUGCCUUUGAGUCCGCGUCGGCAUCGCCUCAGUUUCACUUGAGUCUAGUGGACAAGGAGGACAAUGGCCAGGUGCAUUACAUGGUGGAUUGGGUCACGGCGUCAACAGUGAACUCGUCCCGGCUCAUAAUUGGCACGUCCGCUGACGACCUGAGCUCCACUGUUGAUGGCAAACUUGCAGGUUUAGUAACAGAAGCUGCCGGCGAGAAUGUGGCGUGCUGGUCUGCGCUGUUGGCCAAUCUGGAAGCAGGCUCGACGAUUUAUUACGCACUCGAGUCGGACUCAACCGCAACAAGUUCACUGGACUUUAAUGAACUGUCAAAAUCCGAUAGCUCCGCGUCGAGCGAGACCAUGAGCUUCGCAGUUCCGGACGGAGAGAUCACGUGGGCUGUAUUUGGUGACAUGGGGGCGCCCAUGCAGGGACAUGCAGCUGCAGUUUCGUUACCAGCUUUGAAGGACGCACUGUCGGCUGAUGAAGCGUACAACGGUGUUCUAAACAUCGGCGACCUGUCGUACGAACUCACCGGUCCUAAUGGACAAAACUAUAUGGAUGAGCUUGAGCCGAUUACAUCAAAAGUGCCUAUGAUGACAACCGUCGGCAAUCAUGAAUACCAAUACGGGUUGUCACCUUCACUUGCUGUCCAGAACUACUACCGUCGGUUCCAAGGAAUCACUCUUGGUGCAGGUGCUGCCAGUGGAUCAGCCUCGAACGAAUUCUACAGCUUUUCGUCGGGACUCCUUCACUUUGUGUUCAUCAACACGGAAGUGUACGGCGAUGAAGCCUUUGUGGCGCUGCAAGAUGAUGGCACGUGGAAAGUAGAUGAAGCAGCACGAAAAGCGGCAGGAACAGCCCAGGCCAAGUGGCUCGAGUACGAUCUAAGUCGUGUAAAGCGCUCCGAGACGCCAUACGUGGUCAUGUGUGGCCAUCGUCCACCGUUUAAGACCCCGAAAGCUCUCAGCGAGCCAGGAAAUCGAUUCGCAAAGGAGAUCGUUCCUCUUAUGAGCAAGUACCGAGUGGAUCUGUACCUUGCGGGUCAUGAACACACCUAUUUGAUGUUCGAAGCGUCGACUUUCAACGACUUUAACAUCCCUCCGAUCAUCAUUAGCGGCAGUCCAGGCAACAACGAGUAUAUCCGCGAGGAAGCUGAACUUAACAUACAAGGCUUUAAGUGGAAGACACUGAUCCCUAAGUACGGGUAUGGAUUCUUGACUGCAACAAAAACUGCAUUGGAAUGGCAAUGGGGCUCUGCAGCUUCGGAUGCAACGAAUGAUCCCUCCAGUGCCACGUGGAAAAAAGAAGACGAAGUGAGCUUCCCGAAGCAGACCAUCUCGACUGUGUACACUCCCGCCGGUUCUGCUCGCCUCCGGUACGUCCAAUAUGCUAUAUACCUUUAA